AUGUGCUAAAAGAAAACUAAAGAAAAAUAUACAUUAGAAUACUUGGGUAAUUAGUUUAAUAAUUCAUUAGUAUUAUUUUGAUGUUAUUAUCACCAUAUAUAUUUAUUUUACCACAUUAAUUUAUCCAAGUAUAUCAGAUUGGAAUUUCUAACCUAUAUAUUAGAGAACUUUGUAAUGUUUAUUUUGUAAGAGAUAGACCAUUUAUUAUAGUGAUCAACAGAUCAAUUAAUAUAGUGAUCAUCAGUGUAUAUAAUUUAAAGAAAUAAUUAAAUUGUGAUUUAAAAAUAUAAUAUUAUUUAUAUCAACUUUAAUAAUGACAACUAUGGAAUCUAAUCCUGGCUGGGCAGAUGCUCUUCAAAAAAUUUUAAAAACGAAUAAACCAAAAAGAAAAAAAACAAUUGUAUUGUCUAAAGCUAAAAAGUAUAGUGACAUAGUGAGAAAACAAGAGAAUCUAUCUUUGGAAACUGAUGCAGUUACUGAAGAGGAAGAAAAAUUAGAAAGUACUGAAGGUAAAGAGAAUCUAUUAUCGACAAAAAGAAAACAAAGACAGAAGGAUAAUUUGGGCAUAAGAGUGAAGCCAUCUAUUAUUGAUAGAGAACGUGAGAAACUUCUACAAAAAAUUGCAACAAAGGGUGUAGUACAAUUAUUUAAUGCAGUAAGGCAACAACAAACAGAGACAAAUCAGAAAUUAUUGAAUGCUGGACCUUUAGAGAGAAAACGUGAACAAGUAUUAAAAAAUAUUGAUAAACGUGCAUUUUUGGAUGUACUUAUGGGAGAAUCACAAAGUAUUUCUAUAGAUAAGAAUAUCGAAUGCCAAGAAGAAGAAAAGAGAGAUGACAAAGAAAAUAAAGAGGAUAAAAUUUGGUCUGUAUUGCGAGAUGAUUUCGUUAUGGGAGCAAAAUUAAAAGAUUGGGAUAAAAAGCAACUAAAUGAUGAAGACUCUUCAGCCCCUGAAGAUAUAGAUAGUGAUGAAUAAAUAGGAAUAUAAAAAUAAUUUUGUAAAUUAUAUAAAAAUCUAUAGUAUUAAAAAUUUUUAGGAAACCAAAUGAUUAUAAGAUUAUAGAUCUCUUAUUAAAUCUUUUAUUUUAUUUGA